AUGGAUCAGAUCGAAUCCGCGGAGUACAAUGGCUUCGAAACCACCAACGGAGCCUCUCACUCCGACCACGGGUGGAAGAAAGUAGUGUACCCGAAACGCAACCGUAAGCAGAAGCCAUCGGAUCAGACGACGACGGCGAACGGCGAAACCCACGUUCCCAACGGAGACAACGUGUUCCGAUCCCUCGAGGAGAAAGCCGAAGAUCGCCACCGACGGAUCCUCGCGGCGAAGAAGGCUGCUGCUGAUGACUCGGACGAUUCCGAUCCGGCGAGAUCUAAACUCCGAUCCAACGGCUACGAUUAUGACGACAGCGACACUGAAGCAGCUGUGGGGAAGGAGAAUGUGAAGGCGGAGGAGAAGAAGCCGAAGGUGAAGAAGGAGAAGAAGCCUAAGGUGACUUUGGGUGAAGCUGCUGCUAAGAUCGACGCGUCGAAUCUCGAAGCUUUCCUCUUCGAAGCUUCGGAAUCAUAUGCGAGUCAGCCAGAGAUUCAGCUGAUGAGGUUUGCUGAUUACUUUGGGAGAGCUCUCUCUGGAGUCUCUUCCUCUCAUUUCCCAUGGGUCAAAACCUUCAAGGAGUCUCCUUUGUCCAAGCUCAUCGACAUUCCUCUCUCUCAUAUCCCUGAAGCUGUUUGCAAAACAUCAGCUGAUUGGAUCAACCAACGUCCCAUUGAUGCACUUGGGGCGUUUGUAUUGUGGGCAUUGGAUUGCAUUCUUGCAGACUUGGCUGUGCAGCAAGGAAGCGCCAAGGGUGGUAAGAAGGGCGCACAACAACAUGCUACUUCAAAGUCUCAGGUUGCGAUAUUUGUGACGGUAGCAUUGGUAUUACGAAGGAAACCUGAUGCUCUAACUAAUGUAUUGCCAACUUUGAGGGAGAAUCCGAAAUAUCAGGGACAGGAUAAGCUUCCAGUUGUAGUUUGGAUGAUGGCUCAGGCCUCCCAAGGUGAUAUAUCAGUAGGCUUGUACUGUUGGGCACACAACUUGUUACCGGUUGUUAGUAGCAAGAGUUGCAAUCCGCAGUCAAGGGAUCUCAUCCUUCAGUUGGUUGAGAGGAUCUUGUCCAACCCGAAGGCAAGGACGAUACUUGUUAAUGGGGCUGUUAGGAAGGGGGAGAGAUUGAUUCCACCUCCUUCGUUUGAGAUCUUAAUGAGACUUGCAUUCCCUGCAUCAUCCGCAAGAGUGAAGGCUACAGAGAGGUUUGAGGCAAUAUACCCUUUGUUGAAGGAGGUGUCUCUUGCUGGUGUACCUGGGAGCAAGGCAAUGAAGCAAGUCACGCAGCAAAUAUUCACUUUUGCUCUCAAAGCAGCAGGGGAAGGAAAUGCUGUGUUAGCUAAGGAAGCUGCUGCAGUCACUAUCUGGGCUAUCACCCAAAAUGUUGAUUGCUGCAAGCACUGGGAGAAUCUAUAUAACGACAAUCUGGAAGCUAGUGUCAUUGUUCUUAAAAAGCUCAUAGACCAGUGGAAGGAGCGUUCUGUCAAGCUAACUCCUGCUGAUACCCUCACUCUUAACCGAACAAUGAAGAGUUUGAGGCUAAAGAACGAAGAAGCUCUUGAGGGAGGAGCCAAGGGUGCAAGCAUGUCUCUUUACAAAGAUGCAGACAAAUGCUGCAAGGUGAUCUCUGGGAAACUCUCCAGCGGCAGCGGUGUCAUCAAAGGUCUAGCUAUUGUUGCAGUUCUGGCUGCUGCAGGUGCUGCUGCUAUUUCUGCCAACCCGGAGGCUAUAGCGGAGCUGAAGGGGCAGGUGGAGUCGUGGGACCUUAACAAAAUCACUGAGUCAGUGAUGACAGCUUUUAAGAACUAAAGUGAGAGCACCUGGGGGACGAUAAGCAAGAGAAGUAGAAUGUUGCCUUCUUAAUCACUGAGUCUCCUUAUGGUCUAGGUGUUUGGAAAAGCUGCCUUCUUAAUGCUCUCUGAUGACAAAGUUUUCGAAACCUGACCAGAGUUAGGGAGAGGUUAGGCUGAUGAGUGAGAAGAGGUUUCUGUCUUAUAAUUACAUGUGGGAGCAAAGCUCACAAGUUGUAGAAUGCUGUUCCUUAUUUGAGAAUCAUGGCAGGUUUUUUAUGUUUCUCUGUUUUUUUUUUUAAUUUUACUUUCCGGGAAGAACAAUAAAGUUAUAUUUCAUAUUUGCUCUUGUGCUAA